AUGCUGGACUUCGACAUUCGUCUGGAAGACAACGAUGAGCCCCUGGCAUCGAACAGUGUUGCGGUCAACACCACGAACAAUGUGGUGCAAUUUGACUUGACUGUGCUACAGCCACGGCUUGAGCCAUAUGACAUUGUUUUGUACGGGGCACCGCCUUCUUCAUAUGCGAACGAGUCAUACACUGCCACGACCAAGAUCUACUACCUGCCCGCGAAAUACAAUGGAAGCACUGUCAAAGUCGACAAUCUGUAUGGUUGCUUAGUCGCGGCUAAUCACGUCACGAACUAUUCGUUUGUCGAUAUCUUGCCUUUCGGAUUCUACACGGAUUGUGCCAACGUUACUGCAUACAAAGAUCUCGGCUUCAAUGCUAUCAACCCCGUCUGCUCAUUUCUGGAUGGUGAUCUCGACAACGUGUUCAAUUGGAUGGAUCAGCUGGAUCUAUGGUACCAAUAUGACAUGCGGCAUAUUUUCGACACCGGCUUGAACACAUCUCAGCUGAUCGAAGCUUUGCCACCCGUUAAGGAUCGCUCGAACUUGCUGAGCUGGUAUACGGCUGAUGAGCCAGAUGGGUGGCAGUACGCUCUGAAUCAGACGAAGAUUGCAUACGACAUCCUGAAGGAGGUGGAUCCAUAUCAUCCCACAGCGUUGGUCUUGAACUGCGAUAAUUACUACUUCAACGAGUACAGCUCGGGUGCGGAUUACAUCAUGGAAGACGCCUAUCCCGUGGGCAUCAACGCUACCUAUUCGAAGUGGAAUACUACAUGCAACGAGACUUAUGGUGACUGCGGCUGCGAUGAUUGUAUCGGCGAACUGCAAGAUGUCAGCAAUCGUCUCGAUGAUUUCUUCAACUACCAGCUUUGGCUUGGCGAGACACAGAAGCCACUGUGGGCUGUCUUGCAGGCAUUCAGUGGCGAAGGCUACUGGGCGAGAGAUCCUACGCCCGAUGAGACCUGGGCUAUGAUGUUGAUAAGCUUUAAUCAUGGUGCUAAGGGCAUCAUGAGCUGGACUUUCCCGGCGAGCACCACUCUCGAACAGGCACACGGUACUAUGGCCAAGGUCGCCACGACUUCACCAGUCUCGGGUCUCUUAGUCGGCGCACAGCCUGUCCGUAUCGUGGUGCCGGGACAUGAGCUUCUGGAUGUAGCUUAUUGGGAGGUUGAUGGGACGAUAAUGCUGGGUUUCGCGAACCUGGAUUACGCAGACAGCAGCGAGGAUAUCACGAUUGAGCUUCCCAUCGCUAUCAGGGGCGUGACGAGCCAGCCUUGGGGCUCAGUGGGAUGGGAAGUUGCGGACGGCAUGCUGAAGACGAGUGAGCUUGAAGGUCUGGCUACAAGCUUUGUGAUACUGUGUGCUUAG